AUGGCAAAGCAGGAGGACUUGAACUUUCACAUCCCGGAAUGCAUCUACAAUAAACACUUAUGCCUGGAUGGGAGAGAGAUACACUUGGAAAUAUAUGACCCUUGUUCACAGCCACAGCGGGGGAAGCUCUCCCUGACAGACGAGCUCCACUGGGCUGAUGGAUUUAUCAUUGUUUAUGACAUCAGUGACAGAGCAUCCUUUGCAUUUGCAAAAGCAUUGUUGUACAGGAUCCGAGAGUCUCACAUAGGAGCAUGUAAAAAGAUGGUUGGAUCAUCAGUAUUUUUGGUUGGCAAUAAACAGGAUUUAUGCCACAUGAGGGAAGUUGGCUGGGAUGAAGGACAAAAGCUGGCAAUGGAUAACAAGUGCCAAUUCUUUGAACUAUCUGCAGCAGAACAUUAUCAGGAAGUUGUGACAAUGUUCACAAAAGUCCUGAGGAAUAUCACCUCAAAUUUCAAAGUGAAGGAGAAGAGACGAUCAAGUGGAUCAAAGUCAAUGGCCAAGUUAAUCAACAAUGUGUUUGGAAAGAGAAGGAAAUCUGUGUAA